GGCAAUAAUGAUAAUUUACUUUUUAUUCCUUUAAAUAAAGAUUAUUUUAUUUAAUUAAAAUGAUUUAAUCACCGAUAUCAUGUAAAAUUUAAAUGUCGUAGUAUAAACUAGACACCUAUCCUAUCCUUGUUUAAUUUUACUAUGAAAUGUUUAUUGUCAGUGAAUUUGAAGAGGUUGUAAAAGUACAGCCAACACACCUUGAAGAUGAUCAAGUAUCGCGGAUUAUCAUACAUCUUAAUUCCAUGCUUGCAAAUAAAGUUGUAAUGAAUGUUGGCUUGUGUAUUUCAUUAUUUGAUAUUUUAGAAAUCGGCGAUUCAAUCAUAUAUCCAGGUGAAGGAGCGUAUUUUUCCAAAGUACGGUUUAGAUUUGUUGUAUUCAGACCAUUUGUUGAGGAAAUACUUAUUGGAAAAGUUAAAAGUUCUAGUUCAGAUGGGGCUGUUUUGUCGACUGGGUUUUUCGAAGAUAUUUUCAUACCAGCAGCCAACAUGCAAAAUCCUAGUCGCUUUGAUGUGAAAGACAAAGUGUGGGUAUGGGAAUAUGAUAAUUGUGGUGAUACAGUUGAUUUACAUAUGGACAUUGGUGAGACUGUUAGAUUUCGUAUGGUUUCUGAACAGUUUGUCGAUACUCAUCCAGGAGUAGAUAGUGGACUUUUAGAUACUGGUGAAAUAGCAACAUCAAAAUCAAAAUCACCUUAUUCUAUUGUUGGUACAGUUAGAGAACCUGGUUUAGGAGUUAUUGGUUGGUGGACUGAUUUAUAAAUUGUAAAUAAUGCUUAUAUUGUAUAUUUAAAAUUAAAACAAUUUUUUUUAUUAAA